GUUGGAGUUAGAGAAAGGAAUAAAUACAGGAAACCUACCUUUUUUGGAGAAAGAUAUUAGAAAUUUUCUUCAAUCUCAUAGUGGUAUUGGUCAAGAAAAUGAUGCUUCAAAUGUUCUCAAAUUAUGCAAAAGCUUUGAAAGAUAUGGAUGACGCCUUCAAAUAUGAUUUCACAAUAUAUGAAAGCAACAAAUUGGAGCAUAUUAUUUGGGUAUUUGGUGAUUCAAUUAGAGCAUAUGAAUGCUUCUGGAGAUGUAGUACUACUUAUCGAAUAAAUUGUUAUGAUAUGCCGCAUGGGAUAUGGGUUGGAGUUGAUAUUCAUGGAAAUUCAAUUUUCUUUGGAUGUGUUCUAUUACGAGAUGAGAAGAUUCCUUCCUUCACAUGGGCUUUAAAAAGUUUUCUAGCUUUUGUCAAAGGAAAGUAUCCCCAAACAAUUCUUACAGAUCAGGAUCUUGCAUUUUCGGGAGAUGGUUGUAAGCAACGAUGGUGA